AAACACGUUAGUGAGAUUUUCUUACCUUUUUAGUAUACCGGUAUUUAUCUACCCAUUAUCUCCCAUUAUUUUCAGCCCCGUGAUCCGGGGAGAGAAGUGGUACCGGUAGUUGAGCAGGCGGGCAGUUAAGGGCGAUUAGGUGCGGGGUAUUAACGUGCAGUGUUAUACUUAAGCACUGCUGCGGUUCUGGCUGGGACACAGCAGCGGCAGCUUUGCAGUGGCGCGAGCUUGACAGCCUGAGUUACAAAGUGGAAGGAAGGAGCACGGUGAAAUAAAAUCAUGGAGCCGGCAUUCUUUCAAGGACCUACUCCACCGCCGAUACCUACAAAGGACGUCUUAUCGUGGAUGUUUGACGAACCAAGGUGUGAGGAUGAUAGGAAGGUAUUCAUCCCGCUCCCCCCCUUCGGGAGCGAUGGAAAUCGAGAGCUAAGGAAAUUGAAUAUCUCAGAUCCUGAUCGACGCGAACAAUGACUCCCGCUACGUGACCUUUGGCCACGCCCGUAACACAAUUAGGAGAUUGAUCAAGGGCUUGAGGGCAGCGGGAAUGGAAAAGGGGGAUUGCGUGCUCAUACAUGCUUUCAACGACGUAACCCCCCCAGUUCCGAAUCGGCCCCCGGAUAACGAGCUAACAAAAAGAUAUCGGUAUCGCAGAUAUAUUAUCCCAUCAUCGGCCUCUCCAUAAUCGGCGCCGGCGGGGUAUUCGCCGGCUCGAACCCGUCCUACACCCCCCGGGAAUUAAUUCACCACAUCGCAACGUCGCAAUCUAGGAUCGUGAUAUCCGAGCCAGAAAUGCUAGCGAACGUUCGGGCAGCGAUUGAGGAGUUGCCGGAGGGGAGUGUUAAAGAAGUGUAUGUGUUCAAUCCCAGGGAGGGACAGAGUGUUCCCGCUGGGGAGAGGUCUUGGGAGGAGCUACUUGGUGCUGGGGGGGAAGAGGGGGAGGAUUGGAUAAGGUUUGACGAUAAAGAAACGGCAGAGAAUACCGUUGCUUGUAGACUUUUUAGCAGUGGAACGUCAGGGUUACCGAAGGGAGUAGAAAUUACGCAUUACGGCCUAGUAGCUCAGCAUGAACUUGCGCAUGAGACUGAGGAGUCGCUCAAAGGGGUAUGUUUACUAUCACUGCUAAUAGUACAUCUUCGAUUGUUGCAUUCCCGAGCUAAGCUGUUACACUGGAUGAUAGCAAAUUUGGACGUUAAAACUUCCCAUGUUCCACGUCGCCAACGUCCCUUUGGUCUUCACCAGUUUCUUCCGAACGCCCUGGACGGGAUAUGUCCUCCGGAGGUUCGAAAUGGAAACCUGGCUCUCCACCGUGGAAAAGUACAAGGCAACGCACACCUCUCUCCCGCCCAUCAUCGCCAUCGGGAUCGUGAAAUCCCCGCUGACGGAUAAGUACGAUAUUUCGUCGUUGAGGACGGUGGUUUCUGCUGCAUGGGCCUUGAACCCUGAUAUUCAGAACAUGUUGAUUCGGAAGAUCAAGCCCGUGAAGGGCCGAGAAGAGGAUGAGCCAAGGGUCACUCAACUAUGGGGAAUGACGGAGGCGACUUGCAUCGUUACUAAAUUUUAUCACCCGGAAGUGGACGGUACUGGGAGUGUAGGGAGAUUGAUACCGGGCGUUGAAGCUAAGUAUGUAGGAUCAUUUCCACCCCCCCCCCCCCUCCUCUCUCAUUCCCGGUGAAGGAGCGAGCAAUCCCUAAUAUUACUAUUUCCCUCACUUCACAAUGUGUAGGAUCGUAGACGACGAGGGAGCAGACAUCAGCGACUACAACGUCACUGGCGAAAUAUGCCUACGGUAAGCAAACAAGCGACCGCUCCCUCCAUAGCCAGAAUGGGCCCCAAAAUGCGGUGCCGCAUCUGAAAUCCUCUCUCUUUGUUUCGACGUUUCGCCGGUGCCACUUGGCUAACGGUCGUGCGAUACGUGCGGUGCCGCAGCGGACCGACAAUCACCAAGUGCUACUUUGGAAACCCGGACGCUACCCGCACGUCCUGGGACCAGAGCGGGUUCUAUCACACCGGCGAUGUAGGGUACUGUGAUCGGGAGACGAAGAAAUGGUACCUGAUAGACAGGAAAAAGGUUCGUUUGCCGCUACAACACCGUUUAUUCUUUUCUCCUUUUUAUCCCCGCGAACCCGGUGCCGGCUGCAAGAGAUACAGUAGCCAAAACUCUAGCCCAUCACAUUACGCUACGUUAGUUAGUUACCGAAUCUUUUCGUCGUAAAGGUCGGAUUGGAGUAAGAGGGCAACUGAGCCAACUAGAGGGCAAACCCUAAACCUUCGCACUUCAGAAUGCACGGAAGCAAAAGGCAAUUGGGCAGGCCCUCUCUAGGGCUAAUCCGACACUUACGGAAUGAUAUGAUAAUUAUGAUACAGCAUCAUAAUUUAUAGUUCAUAUGGCGCAAACUAACGGGGCCACGUUUCCUCCCGCACAUCUAGGAAAUUAUCAAAGUCCGCGGCUUCCAGGUCGCCCCAGUAGAAAUAGAAGGCGUACUACUGGCGCACCCGCAGAUAGUAGAGGCAGCGGUAAUAGGUGUUUCCCUAGAGGAGUACGGAAGCGAGCUUCCGAGGGCAUACGUUGUUUUGCGUCCCGGGAGUACCGCAGGCAAGACGUUGGAUGAGGAUGGGGUGAAGGAGUUUGUCAAGGGCCAGGUCGCGAAGUACAAGAGGCUUGAAGGGGGGGUUGUCUUUGUGGACACGAUCCCGAAGAAUGCUACGGGGAAAGUGCUCAAAAGAGUUCUGAGGGAGCGGGCUGAGAGAGAGGUUGGUAUGGUUGGUAGGGUUGGUGGCGGCAGCUGUUAGGCGGUCUGUUUGGGAUAUGGUUGUUGAGUUCCGUUCAGCGUUGUAUUGAUUGCGGACCCUAUUUCCAAGUAUCUUAAAUUUAUGAUACCAGGAACG